AUGUCCGCUCCUGCACCCUACCGCCGCAUCGACACGACGGACCCGCGGCGGCAUGACCUCUCGCGCCCCUUCACGCUGCCCGGCGCCUGGGCCGACGACCGCGCCGUCCUGUACGACACGCUCCUCGCCUCGGGCACCGUGUUCAGCGGCGCCGCCAUGCUGCUCAAGUCGCCCGUCAUCGCGUACGCGGGCCUCAUCGUCGCGCUCGCACAUCUCGCCGGACAGCGCCCGCUGCAGAAGAAGCGCGAGAGCGGACAGGGCAUGGCGGGGCCGGGCGGCAGCAUCGUCUUCUCGCUGCUGAGCGUCAUCAUGCUGGCUGUGCAAAAAGCGAUGGGCGCACCGAGCUUCGAACACGCGGUGGCGAAGGCAACGGGCAACGCCGUGUGA